CUCUCCAGCAGCAGGGCUCGGCCUGCUCGUCUCCCAUGGCAACGCGGCCCCUCCUUUUAGCCCGCAGAGGAGGUGUUUGGAAAGUUCACGGCGUGUUUGUGCGUGUCAGAAAGGGGCGUGGAGGCCGAACCCACUCCAAGGAGCUCCUCAGCCCGCCUGCAGUCGCUGCGGAACCCGGCAGAGUGACAGCAACCCCCCAGCCCCUCUGCAGAGGAACUGUUUGAGUUCAGGAGCCAUGGCAGACGAAGGGUCCCACGCAGAGCCCGGCAGCGUGUCGGUCAGUGUAUCUGGCAGCACCCACACCCUCCCACAGCUGCAGCCCGACAACACGGAGCUGCAGAUCAGCCCGUCCUCCGCCCCCUGCUCCCCGACCCCAACCGGGACCCUGAAGCGGCUCAGCCUGCGGGGCCCCCUGAGCCCCGCCGCGGCCUCCGCGCCCUCCCCGCCCGGCCAGGUGAGCGCCAUCACGGUGGUGGCGCUGCUAGACAAGCUGGUUAACAUGAUGGAGGCGGUGCAGGAGAACCAGCAGAGGAUGGAGCAGCGGCAGUCGGACUUGGAGGGCGCCGUGAAGGUGGUGCAGGGCGACGUGUCGCGCCUCUCCAAAACCCACCUGUCCACCGCAAACAGCGUCAACAAGCUGCUGGAGCGCUCCCGCAAAGUCAACGGCAACGUGAAGGAGGUGAAGGAGCGUCUGGACAAGCAGGCGGUGCAGGUGAGGAAGCUGGAGGCCAACCACAACCACCUGCUGAAGAGGAACAACUUCAAAGUGCUCAUCUUCCAGGAAGACAACGAGAUCCCUACCAACUUGGUGGUCUCCCCCAAAACUCCCGUACCAAGCCAGUAUGACGCAGAGUCCACCAUCCAGCCGGCUCCGUCCAUCACAGGAUCUAUUGAAGGCAGCCGCACUCAGGAAGAGAUGCUCCAGAAGAUCAGUCUGUCCUCAGACGACGACGCCGAACUGGCGUGCGCCACGUCCCAACGAGACGAGGGCGACUCCCUGGAGUACGAUGUCUCCCCCAUCAAAUUCGAAAGAAGGUCUGACCGGUUCAAACGCUCUAGUUUGAAGAAGGUCGACACCAUAAAGAAGGCCUUCACACAUGCCAAGAUUGGCGAGAAGGUAAACCAGAUCACCUCCAAGAUUGUUCCUCCAGAGAAGCGUGAGAAGAUCAAGAAGAGCUUCACCCCGAGCCACGCCAAGUCUUCAACCGCCAAGUCCUCCUCCUUCAAGAUUUCCCCAAUGACCUUCAACGUAAAGAAGGUCAGAGAUGGGGAUGCGCCCGCUGAAGAAAUGAAAUCCCCAGUGGAAAAAGCCCAUGUAGAAAUCCCUACAUUGACCGGUCUGGGCGGUAAGAUUCCCUCAGGCGAGGUUCACAUCCAGGAAGAGGUGAUGAAGGAGGUGGUGGAGACCCUGAGUCCGACCGCAAUGGAAACCAUCCAGGCAGAGGUGUCCGUCAACGGGAAGUCCUCCAGCAUUGAGGCAGAGAUCAACGGCGAGGGUCUGGCUGGCCUGGCGGUUCCGGAGCACGAUGAAGAUGUUGGUGAGGAUGAGGAGGAGGAGGAGGAAGAGGAGGAUCAAGAGAAGCAGAAAAGCCCCAUUGAGGUGGCGGCUGAAGUCCAGAUUACAGAAACGAUCGCCAUGGAGCAAGUGUCCUAAUGCCAAUCGGCUGAAAGCAUCAAGUCCCAUUCUGCUUCUAUUCGUCUUUGAGUUCCUAGGAUUACAGAAGAGCCAACGUCCCUCCUGGCUGUCGGGUCGGGAUCCACCGUAACUCACGGCCACAUCACCAACAUCUCCAGGGCGCUGGAGCAACCGUCUUCCUCCUGCAGGACGAUCCUCACUGAAAAACGGCCCCUUUUGUUCCCUCUGAGUUUUCUGGAAAGUGAAAAAGAGAAACAGAACCUGCUGAGGCAGCGCGUUGCCAGGUUGUGCUGGAGCUGGAAUGAGACGGUUUUUUUUUCUUCCUUUUCUUCCUCUUUGUUAGCUUGUUAAGGUUGUUUACUGGAUUUCCAGAUCCUACCCAACCGGCGAAUCUGGUCAUCCAUCGUCUUCUGCUACAACCGACCAAUUGUAAACCUGUUUCCCUCUUAUUUUCUGAUUUUAUAAUUGAUUUAGAACAUCAUGUUGUAGUAAUAUUAUAUUAAUACUAUCAAAACGAGAACAACUGUAAAUUAUUCCUAUAUGAUGGGUGUGGGGGAAUAUCUAAAAACUGUUAUAAAACAUUAAAAAUGUAUAUAAAGGGAGAUAAUUGCUAAAGUUUGGUGACAGUAACCUGGGAUUUAAUUUGACGGUACUCUAAAGUCACGGCUCUAUUUGUUUUAGGAUCUGGAAAAUGUCUCUUUACACGUCUUUUAAACAGACAAUAACUUCCUUUCACAAAAUUAUAGAAAGGUUUUGAUUAAAUACGUUUCUAUAGUAACAUAUUACUGAUGGUAAUAUGUCCAUCAAAAUAGAUCAAUUUAACAUUUCUUUAUAUAAAAAACUGUAAAAACCUAGUAAAACUUCAGACUUAAUGUAAUGCAAAUUAAAACAACACAUGGAGAACUAACAUUACACAAAAGCUUGGUGGCCUAAUUAAAGGAGAACUAUUUUGAAAAAUCCAAAUUUUGCAUGUUUUUAUUCUUCCAUUUGGGUUUCUACUGAUUCUAAAACAAUCCAACCGCUUACAGAAAACACCCAGAAAACAUCCAGGGAAAAACUGCCAGCUGUUUUCUGGCAGUAAGUUAAGAUUUUUUUGGUGUCUGGAAAAAGAGCCACUUCACAAACCUCCUGAUUGUUAAGCCACAUUCCACAGGCACCCUGUCGUUACCUAGCAACCCCAGCCAAGUUCCGCUCGUUACCUAGCAACCUAAGCUGAGCACCAGCUGGCUUUACCGCUGUAUGGGCUGUACAAUGGCUGCUGGAAGUAACAAGUGGUGGUUGUUGACUCACCAUACAGAAACCACUGGCUGCAUUCCUGUUGGUUGUGUGGGAGGCUCCACUUCUGCUUUUCAAAGAUGUACGGUAAAAUCCCAUUACCCAAGAAUGAUUUUAAACAAAAACAGCCAUGAAAAUGUUUUGACUCUACUAACCUGUUCAAGGAAUCAUAAUAAUGUUUGACACCGUUGUUUUCCCGUAUCUUUGCUACUUGCUGCUGUAGAUCGCCUGGAAUCUGAACUUUUCUUUGCUGACUGUCAUCAUUACCACCUUGCAUUGCUUUGGUGUGGAUUCAUUUUAACACAGAUUUGCAUCUCAAACAGGAGGAUUAUUGCUUCUGCUUAUUAAAUGUUCCACGCCUCCUGCGUGCUCGGGCGUCCUGCUCCGCUGCCUUCGACUUGCAUAAGCUGGUCUGAGUAAUUGCACACCUGUAGGGACGGAUUCCAGUGGCUUUGCUGAGUAAAAGCACACCAGGAAUGUGUCUUCUGUUUUACUCUAAACGAAUCAAAGUUUUCCAAAUGCAUAAAAACAAAAGUUUACAUUGAAAUCAUUUAAGUUUCUGACAGUAAUUUACAGAGUUUGAGCGGCUGCCGGACGGUAGACGGUCGAACGGGAGCAGAUGAAAGCGGAGGAAAGCAUUCCCAGGUUUGACGGAUGGCUUCUGCGUGGCACAUAUUUCAUCCUCCUGGCCUCCCAGUCUGAAACUGGUGGAGGUUCAGGGAGAACCACAGGUGUGCUGGAAACUGUGGGAAAGUUCUCCAGGUGCUGGAAGGGACUGUGAAGUCGCCCUGGGUGAUUUCAGGCAGGAUUUUUAAAAUGUUUUUCUGCAUUGAGGCUCCAUUGAACCAUGGGAAUAGACAUGUUUUUAUGGGAUCGACGAUCUGCUGCAGCUCGUCUUAUAGGCUCAUAAACUGCUGGUUCUGGAUGGAAUAAAUCCCCCAAAAAGCAAUAAAUAAAUAAAACAGAUCUAAAUAUAUCAUCUCCAUAUCAACUGUGCAAAACAUGGAUUUACUAAUCUGUUACUUUAGUCUUUAUGGAAGAUUUACACUCAUUUUAUUGUUUUUGCACAAUUACAUAAAGUAUAUAUAUAUAUUCUGUUAUCCACUUAAACCAAGCCUUAAUGAAUAUAUAUAUAAGAUUAAAAUCUAUUUCAUUUGUGUGAAAUUAUUGGGAAAUUUUAAAAAAUUAUGUCAUUGAUUUACACUGUUUUCUAUAUUUGCGUAUCUGAGUAAAAAACAAAUAUUUAGUGAAUUGCAGAAGUAUUCAUGCUUGUUUACACCUGAAAGCAGAUAAAAAUGAAACACUUUUAUAUUACAUAUUCUAAUAUAUACUAACUGCUUUUAAUGUUGUAUAUUUUGCCCGGUUGCUUGUUGUUAUUUUUUAAAUAGAUCAGUUUUUAGUCAGAAAUGUAUUUACUGAAACUGUUCUCAUUCAAGCCUCAUUCUGAUGAAUAGUUUCUGCUCUUUUAUUCAUGAUGGGAUUAAAAAUAUCUGGGAAAUGAGAAAUAUGGUGCAUCACUUCAGAAACAGUCUAUGGGACGUGUAAAAGGACAAAACACUAAAUAAUUUGAUGUAUUUUCUUCUAAACGGCUCACUGUGUGUCUUUUUAAAACUGUUCAAUCAUGUUUUUCUUCAGAAAUUCUCCAGAUAUUUUGGGGGUUUUGCAUAUAUUCUGUUAGCUUGCAUAAAUAAACUUUUGUUUUGAAAUGAUCUUUUCCUGUGUUUGCUGAAAGUGAACUCAGCUGUUAGAGGGGCUUUUAUUUUGCAGCAAAACUUAGGAUGCUUGUUUUUUCUGUUAGCCACUUAAACCAAAGAUCUUCUCAUCACAGAUGUUUCCCUGCCACGCUUCCUGCUGUUUCUUUGCAAAGUUUAGUCCUGCAUAAAUCAAUAAAGAUUUUAUAACACUGAAA